AUGGUGUCUGAGAGAAACACCCACCUGGCAGUGAUACCAACCAGCAUGUCCUACGUUUCUGGUGAUAACCACAGUGAUCCAAAUGAAGGAAUGAAUGCCACUGUCUUUCUAACUUUGUCCAUCAUUGUCGUCCUCAUUGGACUGGUCGGAAACAGUUUUAACUUCAUUUUGUUCAGCACCGUGAGGUAUAGGCUCUUCUCUUUUGCUGUGUACGUGAGAAUAUUGGCCGUUAGUGACAGCUUUGUUCUUCUUGUGAACAUCAUUGAGGAAAUCAACAGUAACGUUCUAAAUGGAAUUUUCUUCACAACACGUGUCCUGUGUAAUUUAAGCCUUUUCAUCACAUUUUUUGGCAAACUUUUAUCAUCUCUAUUGGUGAUUGCAGUAGCAGUGGAUCGCUAUAUCGCCGUGGUUUACCCUCUACAUAGAAAUGUGCUUUGUACGUUACGACGUGCCAAUGCCGUGUCGGUAUGUCUUGUGUUAUUGUCUGCUAGCUUAUGUCUGACUGCCGUAAUUUGGCAUGAAGCUGAAGUAGAUAAUAACUCUGUAAUUAUGAACAAAACAAAUGGGUCUGGCGAUUCCACAUGCCCUAACUUUGAAAGCGAGGUCUUUGAUUUGUAUGGCACAGUUAUACAACUACUGUUUGUGAUCGUGGGUCCGGUGUGUGUUGUCUCCUUGUUGAAUGUGAGGGUACUCUGGGCCGUCAAGUCUCACGUCAAACUCCGCGCACUUUCUUCUAACAAUCAGGUAGAUGUAGGAUUGCCGGUGAAAAUGACGGUCACUCUGGUUGCGACUACCUUGUCGUCCGUCAUAUUUCAUAUUCCCCUGAUAAUUGUAGAAUUCAUGGAAUUCGGCAAUGUUGCUAUUUUGGACAAUGCUUGGCGAUGGACAAGUCUAGUACAGAUGCUGAACUACGCUUUAAAUUUUUACAUCAUUGUUAUUCAUGGGCGGGAAUACCGACAGGCGUUAAAACGUGCAUUUGGCUUGGGUACUCCUGUACCAAGAUCGGUUAACAGCGUACAGACUUAUCGUACCCUUGAUGGAACCGUCAAUAACUCUACAUGUUCGAUAUCGAUUGUGAGUACAUGA